AUGGUGGACGAUGCUGCUAAUGAGCAGAGAAGAGGCACAGCAGGAUUUGAUCGUCUCUGCAAAAUAAAACCACUGUACAUCGAGAUGAGGGAUGCCUGCAAAAGGAACUUUCACCCUGGCCAAGAAAUUUCCGUUGAUGAGAGGAUGGUGGCCUCAAAAGCACGCAUCGGGCUAAAGCAGUACAUGAAGAAUAAGCCAGUUCGCUGGGGAUACAAACUUUUUGUUCUUGCUGACUCGCGCAAUGGGUACACUUGGGACUUCUUUGUAUAUGAAGGGAAGCUGCAAGGAAACAGUGGCAAGGGGCUCAGUUACGAGUCUGUGAUGGAGCUUCUUGACACAAAGUUGCUUGGUACAGGCUACAAGUUGUUCGUAGAUAAUUUUUACACCAGUCCCUCUCUUUUCCGUGACCUCCUUCAGAAGAGGAUCUGGGCGUGUGGAACCAUACGCACAAACAGACUUGGUUUUCCGAAAACAAAAAUCAAUGUUCUGGACUCGAAAUCUCCCCGUGGCAGUAUAAGAUGGAUCCGGAAGGACUCCCUCCUCUUUGUCCAGUGGCGAGACACAAGGGAUGUGUUUAUGUGUUCCACACUCCACACAGCCCAUGCGGGGGACACUGUUCAGAGGAGAGUCAGGGAUCCAGAUGGGCGCUGGGUGUUGAAGGACAUCUCUGUUCCACCAGCGGUGAAGGAGUACAACCGGUACAUGGGUGGAGUGGACCUAUCUGAUGCCCUGAUAGGUUAUUACAAAGUCAUCCACAAGACCCAGAAGUGGUACAAGACAUUUUUUUAUCACUUCAUAGACAUUGCGGUUGUGAAUGCCUUCCUUCUUCACAAGGAUAUCUGUAAAGGUAAAGGAGAGGUACCCAUGCACCAGAAGGCCUUUAGGGAGACGCUUGUUGAGGAGCUGGCAGCAGCAGCUGGCAGACCUGCUCCAUCCCACACUCCACACACAGCACAUCACAAGCCUGUGCACAUCAGUGGACACAGCACUGCAGGUCGUCUGAGGUGCAGACACUGCCAGGCAAAGACGCCAAUAAGGUGCUCCUCCUGCGACGUGCCUUUGUGCUUUGUCCCAAAUCGGGAUUGCUAUAAUGAUUGGCAUGUUGCAAAUAACCUUUGA